AUGGCGAUGGCCGCGUCACAACCUGAAGGCUCGAGCCUUCCCAGCAUCUCCACUCUCUUGGAAAAUAUCACAGGCACUCUGAACACCGUCGGCUCGUCACUGCCCAAAGCGACCCGCGAUCAGCCCUCCGACGUUUCGAUUGAACCGCCGCAAGAUGGCAUCUCGCUGUUGGACACCAAAUCCGAAUUACUCCUUUCCUACAUUCACAACAUCGUCUUCCUCAUGAUCCAUGAACUACGUGGACUCUCCGCGACCAAGAGUGACGGUGCCGAGGCCGAUCCCUCGUUGCGCGAGGACAUUGUGAAAAAGCUUGUCGAGCUACGUAUCUACCUGGAUCGCGGCGCGCGACCAUUGGAGGGACGGUUGAAGUACCAAGUCGACAAGGUGGUCAAGGCUGCAGAGGACGCCGAACGGGCCGACCAGGCAUCCACCAAGGCCAAGGGCGCGAAAGCAGCGCACGGCAGCGACGAUGACGACGGCUCCAGCGACAGCGAAGAGAGCGAAGGAGACGAGGAUAUUGACGAAAUGGCAUACCGACCCAAUGUGUCCGCCUUCGCCAAGAAAUUCGAGCCCACAGGAAAAGCCGACAGGUCGGCCAACAGAGAAACUACCGACGACGGCAUCUACCGCCCGCCGAGGAUCAUGCCGACGUCACUCCCCACCACCGAAUCCAGAGAGCGCAAGGAGCGCGGGCCCCGGAAAUCGAACGUUAUCGACGAGUUCGUCACCGCGGAGAUGUCGUCCGCUCCGAUGGCCGAGCCCAGUAUUGGCAGUACUAUCACGCAUGGUGGAAGACACACGAAAUCCAAGAAGGAGAGGGAAUACGAGGCCGAGCGGACUGCUUAUGAGGAAACCAACUUCACCCGUCUCUUGGGUGAGAGCAAGAAGGAGAAGGCCAAGAAGGGCGGCCAACGCGGCCCCCAGGGCACGUUUGGUGGUGAAGAAUGGAGAGGCCUCACGGAGGGUGCCGAUCGCAUUUCCCGGCUCACGCGCAGGGCCAAGGGAAGCGGCGGCGCUUUGGACCGAAGCCGGAAACGAAAGACCACGGAUGAUGGACCUCGCGACGACGGGGCUGGCGUGGGUCAUAUCUUUGAGAAGCGACGGAAGAAGGUGGAUAGCUGGAAGCGGUAG